CCAAACCCCUAAUCCCAGAAAUUCUGCCAUUCAUAAUUCAUUCCCUAAUCGUCGGUUCUCCGGUUUGCUUCUCCUUCUGCAGUUCUGCUUUUCCGGUCUCCGCGACGCACGACGUUCUCCAGUUCUCCGGUCUCUUUGCUCGACGGUUCUCCGGUUUUGCCCGACGCAGUGACGCACGACGAUCCUCCGGCCUCUCUCUAUAGCCUCGUCCCAGACGCCCCUCAGCCAAUCACUGUAAGGGGCAAAUGGCUACUGGCAAGCAAAUAUAUGUUAUAUUAUAGGGAGAUACCCUAGCUUCAGCAAAUUUCCCAAAAGAAUCCGCUUGUGUAUGCAACGAAUUGGGAUUUAGACAUGAGACACAGCUGGGGAAAGCUUCCACGCUGCUACACAAUCUCCGCCCGGCAAUCUUUCAUUUCUUCCUCAUUCUCAACUUCCUCUGGCGGCGGCGGCGGAUGGGGCCGAGGUCGUGGAGGUGGUGGAUUUGGCUCCGACAACUCCCCCAUCUUUGGAUUUACUCCUAACAAUGAUGCGAAGGAUGAUAAGUCAGCUGCUGCCCCACAGCCACCGAGUGGAAUUGGGCACGGCCGUGGAAGCGGUAAGCCCUUCCCCUCCUCCUUCUCCUCCUCAGAUCAGUUUGUGGCGGAUAAUGCUUCUGCCGCCGCCCCCGCUGGCCGCGGCCGAGGUGUUCCCGGACCAAUUUCUGUUCCAUCACCAUCCCAACAGCGGAUGUCACUGCAACAACCGCAACAUAAGUUCUUCGUGGCAGGAGAAGAGUCUUCGGAUUCCCAAACCAAAGCGUCUGCGGAUUCCAGUCUCCCUUCGAGUAUCCUUUCUGUGCUAUCCGGUGCUGGGCGUGGAAAGCCCACAGUAACACCUCCUGUUUCAGAAAAACCUAAGGAAGAAAACCGGCAUCUAAGGGUGAGGAAAACUCCUCAAGCUGAAUCUAGCAAGCCUCCCAGCCCGAGAUUGAGUAGGGAGGAAGCAGUUAAAAAGGCAGUUGGGAUACUGUCUAGAGGUGAUGAUGAUGGUGGGGGGGGAAGAGGGGCAAUGGCUCCACGGGGUGGACGCGGGUUCAGUGCACGAGGGAGAGGGGGAAGAGGAAGGGGGGAAGGAGGGGGAAGAGGAAGAGGAAGAAUGGGAAGGGGAGAAGGUAUACAUCAAGAUAGUGGUGAUGAAUAUGGUGAUGUCUUUGAAGUUGGUGAUGAUGCUGCUGCUGAGAAAUUGGCUCAAGAGGUUGGUCCUGAAAUCGCGAAUCAAUUGGCUGAAGGCAUUGAAGAGAUGGGUCCUAGGGUAUUCCCAUCUCUGAUUGAGGAUGCUUAUCUCGAUGCACUUGAUACCAACCUAAAGAUUGAAUGUGAAGAAGAGUACAUGAUGGGGGAGUUUGACAUGAAUCCUGAUAUUGACGAGAAACCUCCAAUUCCUCUUCGUGAUGCUCUUGAGAAGAUGAAACCAUUCCUUAUGGUGUAUGAAGGAAUCGAAAGCCAAGAAGAGUGGGAGGAAGUCAUGCAAGAAACCAUGGAGGUGAGGCUCCCCAUUAUUAAAGAGAUUGUUGAUCACUACAGUGGCCCUGACAGAGUAACAGCAAAGCAGCAGCACGAGGAGUUGAACAGAGUUGCAGCAACUCUCCCACAAAGUGCACCCACUUCUGUGAAGCUGUUCACGGAGCGUGCUGUUCAGUCACUGCAGAGCAAUCCAAGUUGGGGAUUCCACAAAAAAUGCCAGUUCAUGGAUAAGCUUGUGUACCAGGUUUCCCAGCAAUACAAGUGAACACGCGAGAACACUCGUAACCUUAUGAGUUCCGAAUUCUUAUAAAGAUCAUAAGGUGAACCUCGGUUAAACAUGCCAAGACAAGUCUUGCAUUUUCUGGCAGAGUGAAUGCUGCUUCAUUUUUAUGUUACCUCGAGCAAACACCAUAACUUUUAUAACAAGCUUUCUUUCCCGUUCAAAGCGAUGGAAUUGAAUAUAUACAUAAUACAGUUUUCAGCUGAAUCUUUUCAACUGUUUUGUUGUUUCCA